AUGCAGGUCAUGGACGAUCGAUGGGAGGCUGAAGUUGUGGAGUAUGGCGCCAUCAAUAUUACGGGUUUCCGCAUUGUGGACUCGUCCAGGAAACACGUCAGAGAUUUUCUGGAAGGUUGGAAGCGUUUGGACCCGAGCCAAUCUGCUGGUGCCGGACGUGAUUCCAUAUCCGCUCAAGCAGCUCUGAUGUACGACGCAGUAUCCGUUCUGGUGGAGGCUUUCAAUAAAAUCUUAAGAAAAAAGCCGGAUAACUUCAAAAACAUCAACAGCAGAUCGGGAAGGGGGCAGCUCUACAACAAUGGCAGCAAAAUUCUGGAUUGUAACCAUUCCUCUGGAAGAGUUAACCCGUGGGAGCACGGUGAUAAAAUAUCCAGAUAUUUGAGAAAGGUAUUUAUUAAAUUAUACAGGGUGUGA